AACGCGAGUCUAAUUAACAUUAUGAGUAAACAUAACAUCCGAGUUAUCCAUGUUAUCCGCAAAGAUACUCCGUAGACUACCUACAAUGGGUGGCAUUACGGAGUGUAUACAUAUGUAUAUUUGGAGCUUUAUAACCGCUGUAGAGGGACCUAUAUUUUAUUGUAAGCCUCCUUAAAAUAAAUAUUAGCUCCCUCUCUACACUCGGUGGGCUUGACAUUGCCGGCAGAGAGGUGAAUGUUGGCCGUACCAGGACUCAGACCACGGAUGCGAGAAUCGUAGUACGUAAUGCUAACCACUCGAGACGUGAGUUGGUCGAAUAGAACACUACUGAGGAUUACUUAUUGGAUUAUUCCAAAGAAGCAUAUAGUGCACACCUGUUUGCAGGGCAGUAUACAACAAGAAAAAUAGCAUAAGAUAAAGGGGCGACGUCAGCUGUUUGGGGUCUAAUUGAAUAUGUCUUGUUCUUCGUUGUUCUUUUAGCGAAUACAGCUCAAGCUGAAGUAUUCUGUAGACUCUUGCUUUACUUUUAAAAAUGUUUGGGUAUUUUCUUACAUACUUUACAUACUUGGUGAUUCUUGCACCUGUGCAAAACCUCAGCUGCACUCAAAAUGAAACCUAUUAUGAUUUGCCACGGUUUUGGACAAAUACAGGGUUUUGCCCGGCAGGUGAAAUCGGAAGUGAAAAUUUGAGGGCUACUUUGCUUUCUGACGAAGUACAAAUGAAUUUAAUAUACAUAGCAGCACUUCCAACCAAUGCAUUCACACACGUACGCAUCCACUGGUUGUUGAAACUGAUCAAAUUUGUACAGUAUACUCCAUCUGGAGUGCCUAUUUACGAUUUCACUUCUUUGGAUACAUUUUUAAUGAAUUUAAAUGACAUCGGCUUGUACCCUGUUAUUGAAUUCAUGACUGAUCUGGAUGGAAUUUUGUUUAAUAAUUUGGAUAGUGCUGACUUCUUAUGGCAGGAUUUCAGUUAUCAAGUCGCUGGGCAUUAUCUAAAUUUAUUAGGUCCACACAAUCUCCGGAAGUGGCGGUUUGAAACAUGGAAUGAGCCUGAUAUACCCAAUUACAAUAGGUUAAAUUUUACUGCGGAAGGUUUUAUCAAAUAUGUGCUAGCUUUACGGAGGGGUUUAAAAGCUGUCGGUAGAAAUCAAAGCGAAGCGCUUAACUUCUCAUUGCGAGGACCUGCAGGCUUAUUUAAAUCAAAAAGAAAGCAUCCAUUAUGCUGGGCAUUGCUUCAGUCUUGCGAUUCUCAAAUAAAUCAAUGUCCAAUAGAUGUUCUCACUUUCCAUCGAAAGGGUCAAGGACUCGCUACAGAAGUGUUGAAAGAAUCGGCUAUAUUGUUGGAAAGUAUUUACAGAAAAUAUCCAAAUAUCAAAACGAUCCCAAUUGCUAAUGAUGAAGCAGAUCCUAUUGCUGGAUGGUCCACUCCUCAUGAUUAUUAUGAAGACGUCCGAUAUGCUGCGCAACUUGUAUACAUAGUAUUUCUGCACUGGCACGCUAAAUUGCAUAGUGCAGAGUUUCAAUAUUUAGAAUCUAUUAGUCAUGAUAAUGCCUUCAUUAGUUAUCAUCCUCAUGAAUUUUCGCAGCGAACCCUUCUGGCACAUUUCCGGAUGAACAAAUCUGAACCGUUGCACUCACAGUUCAUACAAAAGCCAGUAUAUGCUGCCUUGGGCAUGUUGUCUAAACUGGCACCUCUCGCAGCCGAUAUUGAAACUAUCUCAUUAGGAAAUUCCACUGAUGCACUAUGGCUCUUAAAAACAUGCUCCACCGAUAAUAAUCCCUUGUACUUGAGUUGGUUGCUUCUACCAAGGGAGAACGCAACAAAUUUAGGAAAUUUUAUCUUUCAUCACCAACUUUCCUUCGUUCCCCGUCCUAAAGAAAUCUUUGCAUAUAUCAUAGAAAUUUUAGAACAGAGAAAAACUGAUCCAGCAUACAUUUGGCGUACACAAACAGGUGCAACACCUUUUCCUAAUGCCCAAGAGCGCGAUGCAAUGCGACGAGUCCAAGCUUCUCGAUUACAAGCCUCUGGUAUCUUAUUAUCAUCCGAACUAAUUUUAAACACCACGGAUUUAAAACUUCCAUGGAUCGCCUUAUUUCGUGUGUGCUCGAGUUUUUCGUCUGUUCUUAAGCAGCCUGAUCAAGUUAUAAUUACAAGAAUUACCAUUGGGGAAGUAUUUAUAUCUUGGCGCGAAGCUACGGACACUGUUCACUGCCUUAAAACCUAUGAAAUCUGGUUUCAACCAGAACAAACCACUGAAUGGAGGUAUAUAAGUGAAAAUUGGCACUUACCAUAUCCAUCCUUUCAAUACGCGCCCCCUGAUUCUAGUGUUAGUGGUUUCUAUAAGAUACGAGGUGUGGAUUUAUUUAAUGGAAGGAGCAAAUUCUCUACGCCAGUUGAAUACAUUGAAACAAAAAAGUAAGACUUCGUUAUGUGAAUACAAAAUUACUUUGUUUACAAGAUGACUUGAUACAACGGUCUUUAAAAUACUGUGCUCAUUCGUGUACCAAAAGUGUAUUGGAAAAUGAAAAAUAAAAA